CGUGCAAGGCUGCUGCAAGCCUUUAAUAACAGUUAAUCAUAGUUCCUUAUUUAAACAUAUAUGUACUUUUCAUGAUCUAGAGAUCACAAACCAAAAAAAAAAAACACAGAGAGAAGAAAAAAAAAAUGGAGAAGCAAGAUAUCAUCUUCGUACCUUCUCCUGGCGCUGGCCAUCUUCUUGUCUCAAUCGAAUUCGCCAAGUCUCUCAUCAAACGUGAUACCCGCAUUCACACCAUCACCAUCCUCCACUGGACACUACCUUUCGUUCCUCAAUCCAAAAACUCGGCUAAAUCUCUUCUCGCUUCGGAGCCUCGAAUCCGCCUCUUGCCCUUGCCUGAGAUCCAAAACCCUCCGCCAUUGGAACUCUUCUUCAAAGCCUCCGAGGCUUACCUUCUCGACUUCACCAAGAAAACGGUUCCUCUCGUCAGAGAGGCUCUCUCAGCUCUGGUUUCUCCUCGUAACGGAACCGGUUCGGUCGGCAUCGCCGGUUUGGUUCUAGAUUUCUUCUGUGUCCCGUUGAUCGAUGUCGGAAACGAGUUCAACCUUCCUUCUUACAUUUUCCUCACGUGUAACGCUGGUUUCUUGGGUAUGAUGAAGUAUCUCCCUGAGAGACACAGCCGAACGCCCUCCGAGCUUGACCUGGGCUCCGGCGAGGUUGAACACUCCAUUCCCGGUUACCUCUGCCCCGUGCCUACGAAGGUCAUGCCGCCGGGGCAGUUCGUGAGAGAGUCGUACGAGGCUUGGGUCGAGAUUGCAGCGAAGUUACAUGAAGCCAAAGGCAUAAUGGUAAACUCCUUCACAAGUCUUGAGCAGAACGCUUUUGAUUACUUUGCUCGUAGGCAUGAGAACUAUCCUCCGGUUUACCCGGUCGGACCGGUUCUUAAUUUAGAGGAUCGUCCUUCUCCUAAUCUAGAUCCAGCUGAUAAGGACAGGAUCCUGAGCUGGCUAGAGGAGAAGCCGGAGUCUUCAGUUGUGUACCUCUGCUUCGGAAGCUUCGGAAUCCACGGAGAAUCGCAGAUUAAGGAGAUAUCUAAAGCUCUAGAGCUCUCCGGCCACAGGUUUCUUUGGUCUAUUAGAACGAAUCCGAUGGAGAAAGCUUGUCCGUACGACCUGUUGCCUGAGGGGUUUAGAGAUCGUACGGAGGGUAAAGGUUUGGUGUGCGGUUGGGCGCCGCAAGUGGAAGUGCUGGCUCAUAAGGCCAUCGGAGGGUUUGUGUCUCACUGCGGUUGGAACUCGGUGCUGGAGAGCUUGUGGUUCGGAGUUCCCAUCGCCACGUGGCCGAUGUACGCUGAGCAGCAGCUGAACGCGUUCACGAUGGUGAAGGAGCUAGGAUUGGCCGUGGAGCUGCGUAUGGAUUACGUUGCUGCGAAUGGGGAGAUAGUGAAAGCUGAGGAGAUAGCUGGAGCCGUAAGGUCUCUGAUGGACGGUGAGGAUACGCCGAGGAAAAGAGUGAAGGAGAUGGCGGAAGCGGCGAGGUUGGCUGUCAAGGACGGUGGAUCUUCGUUUGUUGCGGUUAAGCGAUUCAUUGACGUGUUGAUGGGCCGGGCUUUUUAGUUCUGUUGUAAUAGCUUUCUCGACUUGAUGGGCCAGGCUUAAUAAUUUAUUUUCAAGUUUUCAGACGAUGAGUUCUGAAACUGAAAUUAAGCAAACCAACGGUCUUUCAGUGAUAUCCAAACAAAGACGAGCUUAGCACAGUCACACAAUCACA